AUGUCGCACGCGUCGGAAUCGGCGCAUCAGCCGCCCAACAUGCUUUCCUUCAGCAAGCACGAGCGCCUCCUUCCGCUCUUCUCGAGGCACCACCACUCAACCGCCCGGUUCCCGACCAACGAGGAACUCGAAAUCAGCUUCCGUCGGCUCAAAGAGAUCUAUGAGAAGCGAGGCGAGCCGGCAACUGUGAAGCAGCAGAUCCCUGCCAUCGACGCGCUCUUCAACAAGCGCCACCAGCUCUCUCCACGCAACUGCGAACGCGUCAAGGCCGCAUUCGACAUUGCAGCACUUCUGCUCGAAUGCAAGGCGCCUUACCACGAAGUCGCGUCGAUUCUCCGUGCGAACCGCAUUAUCGAGACCUCCAAGGGUGCUAUUCCUCCCAUUAGGGAUGCCACAGUCCGUUUCCUUCGGGAACUUCAUUCCGUGCUUCCAGAUGCCCUCCGCGGCGACCCAAAUGCGCCAGACUCGUUGGCCAAGCUCUACGAGAUGGGCGAUCCCGCCCAGGACGCGCUCAACCAGCUCGACCAGCCUGCUCUGGACGCCAUGAUGCAGCUCAUGGCGUACUAUGCCAAUCAGUACGCUUUGGGCAACCCGCAUGCUCCCUCGCCGCCAAUCUCGUGGCUCACGGCGAGGCAGGCAAUCGAGCUUGCAAGUCUCGGCGGAGAGUACCUCCAAAUCGUCGAAAUCAGCCGGAGCAACCCCGUCGUCUGCCAGCACCUCACGUUCGAGAACUUCCUGAGCUUUCCCCUCUUCUUCGGUCGCGCGGUCAAGGCGGUCUUUGAAGGUUGGGCUGCGCACGGUACUCCGGAGCGGCUCUCCAUCGGCUCCCUGAUGAUCCACGCCAUCCGCAAGUCCCUGGAUGUGCGGUUUGACGAUCUUGCCAUGGCGUUUCCGCGAGGUCGCGUCCCCUUAGUCGUGGAGGACUUCUUCGCCGCUCGACGCAAGAAAAUCGACGCCUUCCUCCAAGCUCACCACACGCUCACGCCUGCCGAGAUGGCAACGCUCCUGGGAGAGUGCAACUCUCUUGACAAGGUCAAGUGGUUCAUGGCGGAGGAGGUUGAUGACGGCUCGCCUAUUACGCGCGAGGCACUUGAUGAGUACCUCGAUUCGCUUCCCGCAUCGCAUGCUCCCCAGCAGCAGCCGGGCGCAACUUUCUCGCUCUCGCACCACUUCGUCCCCAUCUCUCGUCGUCUGGCCGGAAGCCUCGACGGGAACGCGACCGCGCCGCAGGUUGAACGGGCGCAGCGCUGGUGA